GUCAAUUUCUCCAUCCCGUAGAAAGAAAUCAGCUGCAAUGCUAAGUACUUUAUAUUUUGAUUACAUACUUGUGAAUAAAGGACAUCUGGAAGAACUGACAAACUCUAUUGCAGAAUUAAAUCAGAGAAUUGGGGUACUUGAAAAAGAAUAUGACUAUCAAACACAACAGAAUGAAGCAAAGUUUACUGAAGAAUUGAAGGAGAUAGUCAGUAGUUACCAAGAGUGCAUGGAAAACAUGAGAGAACAGUCAGAGAGAGUGGCAACAGAUCAUGCUCAGGAGCUGAUGAGCUUCAAGGACGAUAUUGCGAAGAAGAAGUCAUACUAUGAAAUAGAAGUACAGAAUUUUGAACUGAAUUUUGAGGCCAAAUUAAUAGAAAAGUAUAACAAAUAUCAGGCCCAAGAAGACAAAAUGGCAAGGACGAAGGCCAAAUAUGAGAAGCAAAUAGCUGACAUAUUGGAAGAGAAGAAACGGGCAAUGUCUGAAGUUCAACAGAAGUAUGAGCUUAAACUUCACAAUAAGGAGAUGCAAAUUGAUGAUCUACUGAAGGAAACUCAGGACCGAGUACAGGAACAUGAAAGCAUUGUAACACAACUAGAAGAUGAAGUCGACGCAAAUGUUAUUAAUAUCAAGGAACAUUUUGAAAAUUUGUUAGAAGAAGAAAAAAUUGCAAGUGCAGAACUACGACGUGAAAUUGUUGGAACAAAAAACAAAUUCAAGAGUGUUGAAAAGGAUGUUGAUGAGUACAGAUGUCAAAUCCAGAAAAUGCAAAAUGAACAAAAAACAUUCAAGGAAAUGAUAGAAUUGUUCGAAAAAGACAUUGUUGAUAUAAAAACUGAAAUUGCUGAAAGAGAUAUAAGUCUCGCAGAGAAGGAAAAACAACUAUACACACUUACUCGGGACAAACAGGAACUAGAAAAAAUUAAUUCUAUUCUAAAUUAUGGAAUUGAAGAGCUGAAGAAUGAGCUUCCUAUAAAGGACAACGAGAUAAAAUCUAGAAUGGAGCAAAUAAGACAAGGAGAAGUUGAGCUUGAGGAAUUACAAAAAAACACAACUGUCCUUGAACAGCAAAUUGAUGAACUGAAGAAAAAGUUAAAUAUAAAAAACUGUGAACUUGACACAGUACUUGCAAGUAAUAAGACAAGUAAAGCAUUACUGCAGCAGUUUCAGAAGGACCUACAUGACUGUUCUGGCUUAGUCCAAUAUCCAAAAGAGCUCAGAAUUGCUGUAAAGUCCAUGUAUAACAGAUAUGGUUGUGACACAGAUUUUCUAUCUGUUUAUGAACAAGAUGUCAAUGCAAAGAAGGAAAUUCGACGACAGACAGAGUACCUUAAACAAACAAUCUCAACUCUCCACACUCAAGCUUUCAAGAGUCAUUCUAGAAAACAUGGCAGUGUGGCAAAAUUUAUGGAGCAAAAUCGUGAACUUAUAGCUGAAAUCAAUAAACUUAGAAGAGAGUUAAAGGAAGCUCAGCAGUAUAAAGCUGACUUGGAGAAAAUACUUGGAGCAGGGGGUAAAUUUGUGCCUCCAGCUAAAGCUAAAGCUCGUCUUCAAAGGGCUUUAAAAAAGAAUGAUGAUUUACACAAUGAAUUUCGGCGCCAACUUCAGGACAAAGAUAAAAUAAUUUUGCAAAUGAAGGAAGAUGUGCAAAGAUUAGUAAAAAAACUUUCAAAAAAUGUGCAUACUGAUGAUGGCAAUGGACAUGAUGCUGAAAAUUAGACAAGUAACAGCAGUGAGUAAAGUAAUCUGCUGAGAGAAUGGCUUAAUGAGAGCAGCAACAUUCAUAUGCUGAAUCACCACUACAAUGUAUAUGUAUCUCUUAACAAUAACCCCUUAAAAAUUAUUCACAGGAUAAUUAGUGACUUUUUGGGGUUACCAUUAUGUAGCCAGAAACUGUCAAGAAUGAGGAAGCCCAUGACAAUAAGUUUAUAGUGUAAUGUCUCAAUUAAACCACAUUUCAUUUACUA